CAUAAAUUCCUAAAUACAUCUCGUACAUCAAAACUUCAUUUCAAAGUAAAAAUAACAAUAUCUCUGUAAACUUGAAUAUCAUUUUUCCUUCAUAAUUUUAAAUAAGGUUUUAAUAAGGUUUUGCUAUUUUCUCAGUUAAGUUUGUUUAGCCUGAAAACUUUUCAAUUAUCAGUAACUUAUUAUUUUAAUCGCUGCGGAGACUACAAUUAUUCAGAAUGUGAUAAAAUUACUAAACUAGUAAGAAUAAAUAAGAAGGCAACGAGAUAUGUUCAAGGAUUUCGAACGUCAUCUCUAUACAUAUAACAUAUCUCUAUGUCGUAUGCGAUUUCGGAUAUCAGCAGUUAAGAGCGCAAUAAUAAUCCUAUUCCGUUAACGAGAUAUUAUUGAGUUUGAAAUUGAACCAACGAACGACUGCCACUACAUAGUCUUCCCGCUUUAUGUGCAUGCAAAUUUUUAUGUUCACUGUUUUACGAACGGAAAGAGUGCAAUUAGAUCGAAGCUGAAUUAGGAUCAGAUCAGAGUUGAUUAGGAUCAAGAUUGGAUAUUAGGAUUCAGAUGUAAUGAGAGUCAUGUUACAUUCCUGAAUUAAUUUCGACACUGCUGAUAAAAAACUACUGAUUAGUGCUUUCGGUAUUCGUCACUAUUGGAAUAAUCUAAUAGACUUAGGAUAUUGGUUGUGUCUACAUGAUUACUGGUGACUGUUCGUGACACAUCCCAUGAUCAAAGGCCUAGUAGUACAAUAAUCGACAGUCAUUACGUAUAUCCUCAGUGAUUAUGGAAACCAUUAUAGAAACCGUUUAAUAAGCUAAUGUAUAUCCAGAAUCAAUUACUAUACUUUAAAAUGAUGUAGUCUGAUACACGUACGUACACAUUCAUAUGUUCAUUUUAAGUUGAAAAAGAUCAAGGAUGCCGCUUACGAAUAAUUCUUCCUUAAAAAGCUUACAACGGGAUAUUGCUCGGUUCAAUAAGCUAUAAAGAUUUCAUUUCAAUCGUCGUCUUCGUGAGAAUCUCCCCAUUUGUCGAGAAAUGAUGCCGCUCAUAUCGCGAAGUGCCAUGGUUCACGAAGAAUACGGACGAUUGAAUCAUAAUAAAAACGAAAUUGGCGACCCACGAGAGACAGCUUAUGAGAGGGAAGAAAUUGUCCUUUUCAGUCUUUGCCUGCCGCGCAAUGUUGCCUUAUAGAUACUGAAUCCAUCUCAGCAAAAGAAUCGUGCUUUGUCCUGUAUAUGGAUGAUAAAAUAACAAUCUCGCUUGAUAGAACAAUUUAUCAACAAAAACAAAAUUAGUGACUUUUAUAACAUUUUCCUUGAUCUCAAAAUAUUUGUACAGAGUCAUUUAUACUUUAAUCGAUGAACUGCAAUAUGUAACAAAGUCCGUUAUGAGUAAACGUCAAAAUUAAUUUCCUAGAUAACAUUAUUACAUUCAGUUCGGAUAGUAUUGUUGCAAUUUAUCACAAAUAAAAGUUUAUAAUUAUAUUUACUGAGCUUAAUCGUGAAGAGGAUUGGUCAUAAAGACAAUUUUGCAAUAACAUAUUGCAAGUUUGUCUUUUUGCGGGAAUAAAGGAUUAAUUUUAUUACAGCUGUCGCUAAUUCUCCAUGUGUCUGUGUACGCUGUUGCAACCGAAUAAUAUCCGACUACGAGCAAAUUCCACAUACAUAGCGAUGGAAACUUCCAGUUCUGUUCUUGUUUCCAUGUUCGUCGACUAAAUUGCAAUUACCGCUAAUUAAUUGAGCAAAGGUUUGUAGCAGUCAGCGGACAAAGCAAGGCGUGACUACGUCGACGAAGAAAUUGCAGGUCAGCACAUCGAUUGCAUUAUCGUUAAAUUACAUAUGGGAAGAUUUGACAGCCUGGCAAUAAAAAUUUGAUAAGCUAUGUUGAAUAUAUCUCAUCAAUAUUAUUGUAUCUCCUCCACCACUUCUCUAGUAAUUUCAAAUCGCUCAUCCCUUUCCAAACAUUGCGACCUGUAUCUAAUUCAUCAACAGUAAUUACACUCCUCUCGUCAAACAAGGCCGAAAGCCCUGUCGGGUCAUUGUACCCUCUUUCGAUCCUCGCCCCAUUUCCGACCUUCGGAACGUAAUACGCAUGCACCAAAGGGCUCAGUCCUUCGAAAGCGCCUUACAUCAAAAUUGACAAACUUCCUUCAACUUAUUGAAGGCUUGGCUUUCACGUAGAAAUCGAUAAAGGGUAAUUCGCCGCCUGCAAUACACCCUGAUAAUCUUGGAUAAUCAAACUACACCCGGCUAUAGUGCCGGACAUUCCACCGGAAGUGGUCGGAAAUCUCCCGACUCGUUUCUUGCCGGAAAGCCUGACGGGUCGAACGGCUGCGAUGCAACCUCCCUCGAGAAACGUAUUUCACGGAACAUUCUGGUUGAGUGCCGGGCGGCUCGCAGGCCGUUCAUGAACUUUAACGUUUGCAAGAGCGCUAAUAAAAACAACGAGAAUCGUGAUAAUAACGGCAGCGAGGAUAAAUAUGCAAGAGAUAAUGGAAAAAUCAAUAAAGCCUACAGCGCAGAUCGACGUGCGAGCGGAAAAUUCCGCGUACAAAAUUUCGUUGAGGUUGAAGCGGGCACGUACGAGAGAGAGGUCGACACGCGUACCAUACACGGCCGUGAUAUGUUGCUAGUGGGUCAAGUUAUUUAAUCCCGCUGGUAUAAACCAUAGCCGGCACGUCCGAAAUUUAUGCACCGGAGCCGCGCCAGAAUGCACGCUGGGAUGCGUGGUCCGAAAUAUUCGCGCACGCUCUUCCGGAAGACACGUUGGCGUGUCCCGACUAUGCGAACUUAUUAUAAUGGCAGCAAAGAUAACGCGCCCAUGUCGAUUUCCCUGUUGAACCGAAUUCGUCAUCCACGUCAUCGCGAUUUAUCCACUUGCUCUCUUCCCUUGUCUUGUCCCUUAUUUGCUUCGCCUUGAUUAAUGUUUAAAGCGAAGCGGACUGAAUGACAAUUAAAACUAGAUAAAUUAAUUAAAAUCCGAAUCAAAUUAAUCAAACCUGAAAAAAUAAAUUCUUCGCAAUAACCGCAGGAGCGUUUCAUUACGAUCUAAAACUAAUUAAAAAUUGGAACAAUAACGGACAGUCAGCUCGCUCGUAUUCAUCGUAUUCGUUUGCAUGUCAGCGCAUUCCUCGUCCCUUCGCGCAUAUACUCCAACCCAGGAAAGUGCAUUCCUACGGGGUGCAGUUCGUCGGAUGCUGUUGGCGUUGACGCAGGAAUUGGAUCGGUCAUCCGAUAUCACAGACGGUAUUCUCGAAAUUCGAGCGUCCUGUAUUAAUAUUAAAUUCCGUCGGACUUGCCUAGCCAAUGAUAGUCGAGGAAAUUACACGCCCGAAUGCGACCAAUAACUCGUAUCGACCAACAGCUUAGCUUCGUAAUUCCGAAAUUGAAGAAUUUCUACUGCAAUUUUAUCGAGCCGUCCUCAACAAAUUAAUCCUCAACAAGGAAUCGAUUAAAAAUUAUCGAUUUUAAAUUUACUUUUAAAAUACUACUUAAUAUAUAACUCGAGGAAAGCAUUCUACAUCUAUGUGAGAGAGCCGAGUUCUUUUAAUAACUGUGCUGUUUGUCAUACCUGGCGAUAUGAAAACGCAAUUUGCCAGUAUUACAAAAUAUUAAUAAAAACCCCUGAGCUUUUAAUAUGUAAAUAUAUUUUACUAAUUAACCAUCUGAGCAUUUCAAGAAUUCGCGGCUCAUUCGAUAUAUCGAAAUUGCGUGAUGCAUCGAUCGCGGUUAUAAUACGGCGAUUAAAUCAAACACGAUAUCCAAUCGCGUACUGCUUUUGAUAUUGCCAAAUUAAUUUUAUAAUUUUAUAAUUUUAUGCUGAAUAAAACGGUGGACUAGUAGGAUUUGUUCGUUGAAUAAAACGACGUAUUAGCAACGGCGCCCGCGUGAUUUAUAAAAAUGAUUAACGCCACGUAGGGAAAUGCGUGAGAUAUGCGAAAUAAUGCACGAAAAUAAUGUUGCUCCGGCCGCCGUGUUUACGCGAAUUUUCAUAGCACCGUGCAUAUUGACAUUAUCUUUUCUGGAUACGAUGCGUUAUUAAUGUCGAGUAUUAAAACUCGGGCGCACGAUGCGACGUACAGUUAGAAUUUAAUUUAGCCCGAACAUGAGUUCUCUCUCUCUCCCUCUCUCUCUCUUUUAUCCUUCUACAUAUCGAAUCUAAUAACAGACAGUUUAUAGCGCAACAUAACAUCGCUCAAACUAUUAUUAAUUAAAGUAGCUUUCGCUACGCGCAUGAUUAUUAGGUAGACGAUUUUAUGAUAAAAUGUCGCAAUUAUGUCGACAAUUUUCAAUAAUUCCUACGCGACGAGAGAUUCGGGAGGUGCCAGCGUUGCUCGAUGCUCUUGAAAAGUCCAGGUUCGUACAAGUUGCUUUUCUUCCGAGUCAAAUGGCGUAACUUCAAGUACGUCCUAAGAAGUAUAUCCCGCGCGGUAAUAACGACGUCGUUAGACGUCGCUCGACUCCCUCAUCUCGCAGUGACCCAUAGAAUGCAGAGUGAGAGUACACGUGUGUGCUGAAGAUCCGCGAAAAUUACGAAGUACUAGGUAUUCUCCAGCACUGAUGUGAACGAAUGAGGGUUUUCGCGAACGUUUGAUCGCGAAUAAUAGUUACAUUUUGACAAUUACACUCGCACGAUUUAUUUUGAUUUGUGCAAUAUGGCCACCAAAAGCGAAUAAUGCAAUCCUUCUUAACGCAGCACACCGUGACAUCAUUGAUAAUGGCUUAUGCACAAUUUGCCGAGGACACGGAGCCGGCGAUGCGAGAAACCAAACAAUCGAUUCAUCUAGUAACGUUUUAGAGCAGCGACGUGGAGCAUAUUUGGGCUCGUUCGAGCGUGAGCGAGCAUUGUUGCACAUUAAACGUAAUAACAACUUGCAAUUAAGGCACUUUCCAGCUCUAAUUGUUUUGAAAAGAUUCGAGUGUUUCGCAGAGAUUCAAAAACAAUUGUCUCUUUUGUUCGCUCAGCCGAAUAUUAAAUCAAACAACAUUUCAAUAUAUUAUGUCAAUCAAAAAGCUCGGUUCUAUUUUUGCAUCAAAUUUCACUUUAUUACAUUCAGUAGAAACAAAUUAUUCAUCAAACAAGUAACCGCCAUCGUUCUCUAUGAAUAUACAUUACAACAUUGUUGAUUGUAUUACAUAUACAUUUAUUUGAAAAAUUGAAAGUCAAACCGGACUUUUUGACUGAGUCGAAACGCUACGUCGUAUAUUGAAAAGUCAAUAUGGUGGCCAAUCACAUUUCUGGCAGAGGCAAAUGAACCGAAUCAAAGAACUCAGCUGCGAGAAAGAGCGGUUCCGGACCAUCCCGCACGCAUACAGAUGCAAUUUCAUGCUGUAUGCUGGUAAUUAGGCAAUUAAUCACGCGCGCAUCAAAUAUUUACGCGCGCAGGAAACCGCGCUUUCUACACAAACAUACUGCAAUUUAUCAUGUUUCGCUCUCACGCCGAAUCACGUCGCCAGCCCGAGUUUUUUCAACGAGUGAGGAAACCGAAAGCGAAAUCGCGGAAACAUCUUGGAUACAGCAGGGAAAAUCUUCAAAUAUUACAGAUUGAAACUUGCUAUUAAUUAAUAAUACAUACAAUAUGCGUAUUAUUUAUUUAUUAAUUUUUUUAUUAUUCAGCUGCUACCUUGGUUCAUUAGUCCUAUUACAAAUUUAGCGUUGCUUAACUGAUGUUGCGAAAUAUCAUCAUGUUAAUUGUAAUUCUGAAUACCAACAGUGUCUCCAAUUCCAAACAGUGAUCUCGAUGCAUUUAAUUUGCGAGAUGAUAAUAUAAACCGAGCGUUUUAUUAAACUGUUGCGGCAGCGCCGAGAUUGCUGAAAUGUAUCAGCAACGCGAUCGAUGUUGCGGCAGUAAGAAAUGCAAUUAUGGUUGUUUAGAGUAUCCUUCUGAUAAUUACGUAUACAGAAACGCUUGCAUGCGUUGGUUCACGAUAUAUCUUGUGUUUGUCCGAAACUCUGUCAUGUAUCAUGCAUGCAUAUAAUUUUCAAUUCCUCCCCAAAGAAGCCGCGGGCGAUCAGCGCAAGUAUUGUGCGCCCUCAUUAAUUCGCUCCAUGGCGCCUCAUUUAGACUUCUCGCGUCUUCUCCUCAUUUGCAUCCCUAUUGAUCAUCGCGCGAGACACUUUCGAGCUCCGCGCUUUUUCUGCAAAAAAGACAAUCGCAGCGAGACGCAGAAGUUACAAAAUUUCCGCUACAAAGCUCUAAAGCGUCUUUGAGACAUUUUAAAUAUCAACUCUCGCGUUUGCGGUAUUAAAAUAUUAAUCGAGAAACGUGCGGAGAGAUAAUGCUUAAUCUCGAUAAAAAAAUAAAGCAACUUGCGAUCCCAGGGAAAUGAUAUUUUAUUUUAUCACGACUGCGAAAAGUUACAUUAUUAUUGAAGCAAACAGAAAGCGGCCGUGUCUCAUACCGCACGCCGGGCUGCUUAAUUUAAUUAUGGUCGUUAGCAGCCAGAGCGGCUAACUCCGCGCGAGUUAUUAUAAGCUUGCAACUUGCAUUGUAAAUUAUUAACGGCUCUCCGGGCGUAGCUAAAUCGCUAGUAUGGUGGCUUAGAAUAAUUCGGCGCUCGAUAGCGGCGGUCGCUUCCGUGGGAUUCCUUGAAUAGGGGGUGGCUCUAUCAACGGGCGCCGCGAGGGUGGGCGCAAUUUGAAUAAGUUCGAAAGGGACGCAAUUCGCCCGCGGGCCUCGCGAGGAGAGUCGAGGCCGGUUCGCGGAGGUGGGUUUAUUCAAAUUGAACGCGACAGAGGCGGAAUAUCUGGCGUGCCCGCGGGUUGUCAACUUUCCAUUUUAAGUUUGCUGACGUAUUGAGUCGAAGUUCGUAGCCGCGGUACUUCCGGAACUAGUCCACCAUCCCCGGGAGACGGGGGCCCGUUCCGACAGGUAAAAUAUUGUUCCGCUACCUCGUGCCGCGCAUUGAUUCCAGAUAUUGCGGCAAUGCCCUCCGGACAGCUGGAAAACAUAAAUAACAGUGACGGAAGUGCACAGAUGGCCGAAUAAUGGAAAGAUGUUAUUAAUGGCGGACACUUAUUCAGACGGUCUCUAUAUCCUCCCCAUUUUAUUUUCUAAUUAGUCAGCCGGUUAAUCGUUAAUUACCUCAUAAUCUAGAAUUUUUAAUCCCGAAUUGUUCGUCAUGUCUGAAAGAGCAGGUUGGUGAGUGAGUCGGCUUUUCCAUGACACAAUGCAUCCGGGAAAUUUAGUCACGCCGCCGACAGUUUUCCCUUGCGGUCGUUAUAAUAAAGCUUAAUCUCUGUUCUACACUGCGGCGUUUUAAUGAACGCGCCGCCUCAAAGCGUUUAUGAGAUAUAUGCAAAUUUUUUAAAUCCGCUUGUUUGACAUAUGGCGUCACGUCGUGAGUCUUGCUGAGCAACGCAGAUUCAUUAAAACAUUGAUGCGUUUAUUAGAAAUUCCAAUCAAGCACAUUAAUGAAGCAUAGGGAUUUGUAAUCUCUUCCGGGCUUUUACCGUGCUAAACUAAAAGGCGCGAAUAAAAGAUUUUUUUAAUAUCUCCCUAAAAGCUUCCGAAUUUUUUUUUACGUAACACACUGUACUCUUUCCAAGAUAACGGGAUUAGCUUUAAACAUUUCUCAGCGCGCUUCCGGCGGAGAAAUAUCAGGCGUAAAGCGAAAUUUGUGAGCCGAUCGACGACCAGAAUUAUUAUUAUAAUCGAACGCGAAUUCCUGCGACAACUUUUAAUGGAGUCACGCGUUGUCGUCUACUUUAGAACUUUAAGUGUCUCUUGCGAGGUCUUUCUCACAGAUUGCGACGCGACGAGAAUAACGAGAAUCAUAAAGUAAUCUGAGAGUGGCGACUUGGUCGGAGACAGAUCAACGACGUAGACGAAAACUUGAUUUCUCGCGCCAAGUCGCAAUUCUAAUGACAAUUCUAAUGCGAUGCAAGAUGAACCCAAGCGACAUAAUGCACAAGAGACAACUGCCAAAGCUACGGUACUUAGUUAGUUCGCCAAGAGAUUUCUAUUACAGUUAAUAUCCUCGUGUCUUCAUUUUACCUUCAUAUUUUUCCGAACAGUAUCUUUCUCGCGAUUGCGAGAGGAUUCUCUUAGAAACGUGCACAAGAGAGGAGUGUCGGGGUGGUUGCAAGGUAGAGGCAGGAGGUGGGAACCUUGAAGAACGAGGGAAGAACGUGAAACGAAAGCGGAUGUCGCGGCCAAGAGGGACGAAAUCGUUAAAAGGAAUGCGCAGUCGAGCGAAAGAGGCCUCAGGAGGGAGGAAGUUGGCCUUGCAGUUGAAAUAAUGUAGAAAAAAAGGCUCCUCCGAAAACCCAGGAAGGUACCCGCCACCCCAUUUUAUUUCAGUUUUCUCAGCUUCCGCGGGAAGAAGUUCCUGUGAUUUAUUUUCCGACCUUCGUUUUAAUUUCAAAUUAACAAUGGUACCUUUUUCAAAGAAAUUUAAGCGAAGCUCCAUAGAGCUUUGAUCUUUACAAGAGUAUGCGUUUUAAACAUGAAUGUACCUUGCAUUUUACAAAAUAUGUCGGGUAUUUUUUGCGAGAUGUCAAAUAUUUUCCAGACCGAUCUGUUUAUUCAGUUCUCAUUUCACACUGAUAAUGUCAGUGUAUCUCGGAAUUGCAAAUAUUGCUUUGAUAUCGGACACGCAGUAAUCACGUUCGCGAUAUAAAGGAAAAUUACAUGAUGAAAAAAUGUAUGUUAAAUUCAAUACAUUUCACACGUCCUAAACGGUUCACUCAAAUUUUUGUGUAAAUUUAACGUGAAUCAAACAAUGAUAUCGAUAUUAUAUAGAUACUUCGACAUAAAAUUAAUAAGAAAGCUACAAUGUGUGGAAGAACAUUUUAUGUAAAAUGGACAUAUCUAUAAUAUUAAAUUUUAGUUAAGGAAAUGUUAUAUGUAUACACAAUGUCGCACUGCGUUAAUGUUUGACAAAGGUUAAUUUAACACAUUUGGAUUAGUUGAUUAUAAAUUUAACAUAUGAAAUUUAAUUAAUACAAUGAGAACUUGUUGAAUUUGCACAUGAAUAUGUUGUACUUUUAAGAUAAAAAAUGUUCACGAGGAAAAAACUCUGUUUUAACAGAAAUAUUAAAUAAAAGUUUUUUACUGUAUACUUGUGCUGUGUGUGUGUGUGCCGAACAAAGCAUGCGAUAAAAGAAGUGCUCAUGACAAUCUAUUAAUAGCAAAAAAAUAUGUGCACCGAUAAGAAAAAUGACUUGAUGAAUGGAUAUCUUAAACGUUUCACUGCUUUUGUAAACUGAUAAUAGGGUAAUGUCUACAUCAACAUUUUUUGAUGAUAAAGUAAUAACGACACAUGUUUAUUUAAUAUAUCUUUUCUUAAUUUAUUUUUAUGAAAUACUUGAUUAAAUUGAAAAAAUUAAAAACAGUUUUUAUAUAUUGCACUUUGAGAUCGAAAUAUACACUGUCUAUAUAACGAAAUUAAAAGAUCAUUUUAUAUUAUUAGCUGGUGAGCAUUAUCAUUAUCUACAUCAGUAUGAAAAGGUCAAUUUGUCAAUUUGUCCAAAGUUCGGAUUAUUUUAGAUACUAAUCUUUCAGUAUCGUCAGGAAACUUGCGGUGAGGAAUCAUUCGUGAAGGAAACAUGUGACCAACAUACGUUUGCGUUGACACAAUGUUAACCUUCGUACCGCAAUCUUUAUCUUAAGAAACCUUCAAGUAACAGUUUCGUUUUGUAUGGCGUGGCAGUAACACAGGCAACUUUGAUGCGAAAGCCAAUAAGUAUUUUGUAAAAUAACUUCCUAACAAUUACAAAACUGUUUUGCUUCAAGCCACAUCAAUAAUUUAAAAAUGAAACGAAUUUACGAAAUAAAUUUAAUUAUGCUUUGUGUAUUCGUUCUAUUUGUUAAUGAUAACAGUGCAGUGGAAGGUUCCAGAAAAAACAAUUAUAUUCGAUCAUUCAUCAUGCUAAAGGAAGUGAAGAAUCUUCGACAUGGAAUCCUUCCAGGCACGCGUUGGUGCGGACGGGGAAAUAUUGCUCGCAAUAAUUCCGAAUUGGGCACGUACAAUGAGCUAGACGCGUGUUGCAGAGCGCACGAUAGCUGCGAAGAUUAUAUCAGACCUAAAUCUGAAAAAUAUGGGCUAUAUAACAAAUAUAUUUGCAGAAGCUCAUUGUGCGAGUGCGAGGUGCAGUUUUACAAUUGCUUGGCGCAAAUUAGCGGCUUGUACUCGUCCAUCGUGGGGCAAGUGUAUUUCAGAAAAUGCAAGAAGUGCUUCCGUACGUACUACGACAUAACAGAGUGCGAAAGAGAAGGUCUUGAUGUAAUCGAGGAGAAUGAUCGUAAUGGCCGUCGCGUUUUCUGUGCAAAGUUUGAUCGAAAUCCCAAAUGGAGACGUGGACGUAACAUUACUCUGCCAACCUCGACUUCCAUUCCGGAACUUUUAAUCACAAAUGAUGACGAAUCCGUCCUGCUCGCUUCACAAUCUUCUUCUGAUAGCGCCAGCAAAUAUUUUAACGAUGACGAUGAUAUUGUAUACGAAAACUUUACGCCAAUUGAGGGUGAUGAUUAAUGUAUCUUUAUGCGAAAGUUUCUACCGCAAUUCUGCCGCAAUUAUCAAAUGCGAUGCAAAUAUUUUUCCUCUUCAUAUAAAUGCUUUAACUUAAUUAAAAUAUUUUUGAAAUGUUUCAUUUUAUGUAAAUGUACUGUGUGUACGAUAAAAAUACAAUAAAAUAAUAAAAAGUUUUUCUCGCUCGCAAAACUGUGACCCUCGGACCACCACCGUCCAAACACGGCACUGGUACAGUCAUGCCCCCCGAGUGCGAUUCUAAAGUCCGUCCCGAAAUUGCUUCGUUCUCGAUAUGGCAGCCAUUCACGAGGGUGUGGGGUUUACUUGAAAAUCCGCCGAGAAUUUUAUCGCAAGGCCGUAGACGCGUGAGCGAAUGAGCAAGUCUACCUCCAUUUUGCGAUUUUUUCGCUCUUCACCACUCUUUUGCAGCUGGGGAGUUGUAUUACCCUCGGCUUCUCCUCACCCUCUCUUCCUCACCCUUUUCUCUCACAUAGAAAGAAUGUUCAAUUAUGCAAGAGUGCGCGCAAAAGUUUCACCGGAGAUGCUCGCUUCGCGAAGAGUAUUUCUGAAUUAAUAUCGGGUGUAAGAGAGCGGGGGGUGUAAGGAACUAACGCGAAUCAACAGUCGCUUGUUCGGUGUUGUUCGGAUCCGUUUAAAGCAGAAAAAUGAAGAAAUUAUAUUUUUCUAGCGAUAACCAACGAACAAAAAAGAUUAAAAUAGGCCGAGUCAUAAGUGGAAAUGAGAUUGUGGCGUCAAGUCUACCCCCUGCUCUUACGAUAGUUUUGCCUAUGCAGGGUGCCUCAGUUUUAUCGGAUUAACUAAAAGACUAAAGCUUCCUGAAAAUGAAUCCCUGCAGUUUCUCUAACAAUUUUAUUUACAUUUCCCAAGAUCCUUACACAAACAAGCCUCUUUCAUUAAAGGACAUGCUUUAUAUCUUUCUCAGCGCUAUUAAAAAGCCUUUAGAAAUACCGCCGCGACUCGAAGCUCGUUUGAAAUCUCCUUUAAGUACCUCGUAUUAUAAAGUUCUCUUGAAGAAAAUGGCAAUUGCUAAUAAAAAAUGUACAAGAAAAAUUUUUCGUUCCUCGCGAGCGACGGACGGAGCGGAAAACAUAAAAGCUUAAUAUUUUGCACGAUUUUCGCUGUAGUUUGCACAGGACUUCUAAUUGGAGUUUCAUUAACUUGAAUUGAAACGGCGAUGCCAGCAGAAUUUUAAUUGGAGUCUUUUAAAGGUUUUUUUCCUCGGUCUUUUUAUAAUUUCCAUCGAAGGGAGCGUAAUCUUGAAAAUUACAUCAUGGUACCCAAUAUAAUAUAUAGGAUAUGUUAUAAAUCGUACUCGGCGAGGGAGAAUUCUCUGAAAAAAGAUGGCAAAUGUUUCCUUGUACCUUCAUUGUACCUUCUACAAAAUAUAUGUGUUAUGCGUAUAUAAUUAAUAACACGUUUAAUGUACUUUACAAAAAUGGAAUUAGAAAGGAACAAUCCGUUACACGCUAAGAGGAUGUUUCCUGCUCGGAAGAAAGCGGUGUCGCCCACGUGACGCCACUACCCCUUCAUACAUGCGACGCUAUCCUUUAUCGACGUCGACGACAAAACCAAAUGAUUUUUAUUAAAAUGUUGAAUCCUCUUCUUCUCGACGUUGAAGAAAUCAAUUUGACUAUCCGGCGGCUAUAUUAUCAGUUUUUUCUCGUUUCCUACGUCUUUCUUAACCGAAUUUCGAUUUCGUUUGAAUCAUACAUAUCGACUUACCUGUCGGAUUAUCCACAAGAAAAAGGAACGAGGACAUAGAGAGAAGUAGGAGUAAACGCACGGAGUUGCAAUAGUGUCCUGAAAGGAUUGGAAAUGGAAAGGCAUCACGUUUCUAACGACACGUUUAAAUCGCUACGCUUCCAGGUUUCAACCAUAAUCCAGGAAUUUUAUAACCAUGCAAAGGCAGAUAGAUCAUUUCCGCUUCUUUGCGCAGAACGCGUGCACUCUGCUGGAGUACACGGUUUGCGCAAA